GACUUUCAUGCUGCAGAAAGGACCCAGUAUGCACUGGGCUGGUGACUUCAGUACACCAGGAAGUAAAGUUGGAUCUUAGAAACUGUCUAUGGGAAUAAGUAGGGCCAGAAAGGACAUAUUGCAUCAGGAAGAAUCUGCAAUGGAUAAAAAAAGCAAUGGUUUCUUCUUACUGGUUAUUCUACUAAUUAGAAUGGCUCCAAGUCUUUCUUCUACUGUAAGUUAUACUGACCCCACAUUAGAGCCCAUAGCAACUGAACAUUCAGCAAUACACCAGAAGAUCGUAGAUUCACAAUUCAAGUGCUAUGAAAGGAUGAACAGAGCUCCACCUUACAAUAAACAAGGGCUGUUUUGUAAGCGGACGUGGGAUGGAUGGCUAUGCUGGGAUGACACACCUGCUGGAGAAUUCGCUGACCAAAAUUGCCCUGAUUAUUUUCCAGACUUUGAUCCAACUGAAACAGCAACAAAAUAUUGUGAUAAGACAGGAACCUGGUUCCGGCAUCCUGAAAGCAACCGGACUUGGUCCAAUUACACACGGUGCAAUUCUUUCACAAAUGAAAAACGUAAGAUGGUAUACAUACUUUACUACAUGACUAUCGUAGGACAUGCUAUGUCUAUAACUUCCCUGUUGAUUUCCUUGGGAAUUUUCUUCUAUUUCAAGAGCCUCAGCUGUCAAAGGAUAACGUUGCACAAGAAUUUGUUUUUUUCAUAUGUACUUAACUCUGUGUUUACACUUGCCCACCUCAUUGCAGUAGUGUCUGAUCAAGACCUGGUAAAAAAAGAUCCAGUAAGCUGCAAAGUGCUUCAGUUUUUUCACCAGUACAUGAUGGGCUGUAACUACUUUUGGAUGCUUUGUGAAGGCAUUUAUCUUCAUACUCUCAUUGUGGUGGCAGUAUUUGCUGAAGAACAGCGGCUGCACUGGUAUUACCUCUUGGGUUGGGGAUUCCCCUUAGUUCCAGCAUCAAUUCAUGCUGUGGCACGAACCAAAUACUUCAAUGAUAAUUGCUGGAUUAGUGUUGACACUUACUUGCUGUAUGUUGUUCAUGGACCUGUGAUGGCAGCUUUAUUGGUCAAUUUUUUCUUUUUGCUCAACAUUGUACGAGUUCUGGUAACAAAACUGAGAGACACGCAUCGGGCUGAGUCCAACAUGUACAUGAAAGCAGUGAGAGCCACUUUAAUCCUUGUGCCCUUACUAGGAAUCCAGUUUGUCAUUAUUCCCUGGAGGCCUGAAAACAAACUGGCUGGAGAAAUAUAUGAUUAUAUCAUGCAUAUCCUGAUGCAUUACCAGGGCUUACUUGUGGCAACUAUUUUCUGUUUCUUCAAUGGAGAGGUCCAAGGAGCUUUGAAGAGGCAGUGGAUGCAGUAUAAAACUCAGUGGGGUCAAAGGCGACGAGAACAUUGCUCUACACGAUCUACCUCCUACACAGCAACAUCUAUCACAGAGGUCCCCAUUUAUCUAUAUCAUCACGAUUCCAACAGUGAACAAAUUAAUGGAAAAUACAUAGAGGACUCUGAACUUGUUGCACUGAAAUCCGGAGAGACAUCUGCUUAGCUUACAAAUAAGGGAUUUUUCUUUCUGUUCAUAAAAUGAGAAGGAGAAGAACUCGAGGCCACUGCAAGAGUAUGCUUGGUCAGGUGACAGGAUGCACCAUAUGCAAAGUACUCAACUUUCUGAUUGCAACAGCUCAGAAAGGGUCUCACAGAAACAGAGAUCUGGUGGCUGGAUCCAACUGCAAAUACUGCUCUUAAGUGUAAAAGGGACCAAGGCUGGAAUUACUCCAUGGAAAAUUGGAUUUCAACCAGUUCCACAUCUUGAUCAUAGGAAAUGAGGAUGCAAUAGUAAUUAACAUUUCCAUUAGGUGUCCCACUGGGCAAUGCCAUGGUCUCUGCAGAUGGACUUUUUAUGGUCCAAACUGAGCUGAAUGCAAGUAGGAGAUGGUCAACUGCUAAUACUUUCCUUUUCUACUAGACUUUGAAACCAUAAAUAUGAGUCAUUUGUCAGUGUCUUGGAAAGCAUUUUCCCCUUUGACUUAAAGUAAGCGCAAGGCUUUCUUAAAGUUUUCUGCACUUAGAGCAAAACAAUAUAAAGAUCAUUCCAUUGUAUUUAAAUCCUCACAAUCUCAAGAGGGUAUCAUUCAGUAUUAUUCAGACAUCAAGCACAGGACAGAAACAGAGGCCAAUUAUUUAUUGUGUCAAAAGCAUUCAAAAAGAAUAGAUUAAGCAUUACCUAAGACAUGCAGUGUUCUGUUGGAAAGUCAAAUGAGAGGACCCAAGAGACUUUCUUCAGUAUUCCAUAUGCUGGUUGCUUAAUAUUAAUCGUUUUUAAGGAAAUUGUCAGCCAUAUUUUUCAGCCCAGCAAUGAGAUAUAGGGAACAUUUUUUUUCUCUACAAUAAACUGUGAAAUGUACUUGGAAAAUCAUCUCUCUCUCUCUCUGUUUCUCUCUUUAUAAUUCUUGAAGAUAAGGAAUCCAAAUACCUUGUACUGUUGGGGCCCAUAACAGAUGUUAUUGACAUUCAUUGGCCAGUUCAGUGCAGUAUCCAAAUUCAAGAGCACUCUAGAGGGGGCAACAUGUCAUCAUUUAUGGUGUGGUUUGUCCCUUAGCAGCAUUUUUCUUCCUUGGGACCAUGAUCACAUAGGCAGGAAUAAUGUAAUCUGCUUGGCUUGUGUGGUUUAAUAUAGAUACUACUUAAAUUGUGUAUAAACAUGGUUCCAAUGCUACUGUCUGGAAUGAAUUGUGAUAAAUCAAAUACUGUGAGUAGGAAAAGCAACAACAAAGAAGUUUCACACAGAAUUUUGUAGGUUAGAAGAUGUUAAUUAUGGUAAUGAUAUACUGAUAGUGUCUUUUUUGAUAUAACACACAAGAAAGUCAGUGAACUUUGCAGUUCUUAUUGCAUAUACCAAGGCCAAAAACAGAAUGGCACCAGUGUUCAUGCAUUAUUAUAAUGCAAGUUUUUUAAUCCCAGGUAUAUUCCACCUUUGAAAAUUUGUUGGAACUGGUUUCUCUGAAGAUUGAGACAGUGAUGAGAGGAACUGGCAUGUCUCCCAAGUAGAUGCACUCCAGUAUUUACACAAGAAUAAUAAUGGGCAUGGUUGAAAAAUGCUGACUGUUUGUUUAUAGAUCUGUAUUUAUCUUAAAAUUACUACAGAAUACAUAGCACUUUUUUAAAAAAAGUCCUUCAGCUGGGGAAUUUUAAAGUUAAUUUUGAUUAGGAGAGGGCAUGAAACAAUCACAGGUGUAUUCAGUGAAUAUUUAUACUAAAGUAUGGAAGGAUGGACAGACAAAGGUUUAGUAAGUCAUAAAUGGUUAUAUAAGUAGUGAAGGUUGGAAGUAGGUCUUCAACUUGUCACAUAUGGAAAUGUUCCAUGAACCAAAUCUAUGACCUAUCUAUACAAUUCAGCUUCCCAUUGUAAGUAAUAGAUGGAUCUUUGUACUUGGGCAGAGAUGUAAGUGUGUAAGCACCAGAUCACAAAGUUUGUCCUACUCGCAAUAAGUUGGUACCAAGAGUCAUCAUGUGCAGAACCAACUGUGAACUGACCUGAACUAAAGGGCUCAAAAAGGUAUCUGAAUAUCAUCAAUGAGGUCACUAUCCUUACAGACACUGACAGCUGUGACAUUAGUUAGGCUAUAAUUUUUCUUUCUCUAAUCAAGUAAGAAAAGAUGAAAAGGAAGGUUAUAGAGAGGUUUUGAGAUGAAAGAAAUCAAACAGGGCACAAUGCAAACAAUUUAGCUCAAUGGAAGAUAUAUAAGCAUAUGCUUAAGUCUCUCACUGCUGUCAAUGAGAUUUUCAAAAAUGAUUAGCUUUGCCUAAAUUGUGGCCAUGGACUAUAUUGCAUCUGAUGUCCUAAUGUCUGUUCUGUAACUAAUCGAUUAUACAUGCAAAUUACAUACUAACCUAUCUAUUUUUAAUUAAUUCUUGCCUUUGCACUAGGGUUGUAAGAUUGGGUUUCUUAUGCCCCAAACACAUAAUAUUUACAAAAAAAAGUGUCACAAACUUUGGAUUUUAAUUUGGUGACCUACUUGAUUAAGAAGAUGUAGCCCUUCUAGUCCAUGGAGGGUGUCAUCCAAAGUUCACCGUGUUUAGUGCACAGCCACAAGCUUAACUGCACCUCGUUCAGGGCAGGAUGGACAGUGGUGGGUUAAUUUUUGGCUUUCUAGACAAAGUGCUGCAGAGAGGGAGGAAAGGAGGCUGAGGCACUGUUUUGAUCUAGUAUAACCCCUGCCCACCCUUUGGCACCCCCUUAGCUGUCUCUACAGCUGAUUUCUGACCUGAGAGACAGGUGAAACAGGUCUUCCUGGGGUCCCUGUAUCCAGACUCUCAGCCUGUCAGACGAUGUUAGAAGGCCACAGGACUGUGCCCUAAACAGAUGACUGCAUAGUACAUCGCAGAAAUGAGCCUCUGCUUGUUAGUAUUCCGUGAACAACACUGAGAGGUGUUUUUUUUUUUAAACGAGUCAUCAGUACUAGGAAUUUUAUAUUACUGGCCAUUUUUAUGCUUAUUGAGCUUUAUCACAGCAGCUGUAUAUACUUUCUAAGUACAAAAAAUGGGCUAUUGAAACAGAAAUGUACAUAAGGCACAAAGAACUGAUAAUAGGAUUGUUUGUUUCAUCUGUAAAAAAUUGUUCACACAGUAUAUUAUAUUAAUGGAAAUGUAUAAUAUUGCCAUUUUUCUGGGGUGGGGAGGGGAAUAAUGGUCAGCUUUGUGAUCCAUCAAGUCAUUUUACUCAUUGAAGUUGGCUGCUAUUGCCAAAGAUGCAUAUGAAGAUUUGUCAAAAACCUUUGUGUAAGAAAAGUAACUUCUGAAGACAUCCAUGGUCAAUUCUGUUGCACGUUGAUCUGUUUGUGUCAUUUAAAUCCGCAAAUGCUGAGCACAUCCUUGUACUGGCAUCCCUUAACAUGGUACCCUGCAGAAACUGUCAUGAGGUUGUUGGAACUUACAGUCUAACACAACUGAAGGACACCCAACUGGGGAAGGAUUUGUACUAAGAUCAAAUACCUCAUGCUACAUUAUUAUUUUCCUGAUUGUCAUAGUAAAACUGUGCAAAAAAAGCUGCACUUAAAAUCAAAUUGUCUUCUGUUCCAAAGAAGCCUACAUCUGAGGCCAUCAAGCAAGCACUGGUGGCACACUAAAUCCUAGUUUUUCAUGAAGAGAUUCAGGUAAGAUCUGAACACUUGUUGCAUAAUU